AUGGUCAGCGGGAUCACUGCAGCGACCAGCUCUGGACAACAGUCAGGGAGCUCUGCUGAGUGGAGCUAUGCAUGGUACAGAGAUGGGAAUGAACAUCCUGUACACAAGACUUACUCCAGCAGUAGACAUGGUGAUAGAUAUACAAUUAACUCUGCAGCUGAGUCACACAGCGGGCAAUAUACCUGUAAAGGUGAAAGCACAGCUAAACCAUUUUACUCCAGAACCAGUGAUCUUCUGACUCUGAAAGUUUCCAAUAAACCAAAGGCUGUGCUGACCCUGGAGCCCCCAGGUGGAGAGAUAUUCACAGGAGACAGAGUUACCCUGAGAUGUGGGGUUGGGGGAGAUCCUGCUAGCUGGAAGUAUCUCUGGUUCAAAGACACGCAAGGAACAGCACUGCCCCAGACAGACAGCAGCAGUGUAGAGGGGUCCAGCUACACAAUCAGCUCUGCUACUCUGUACCACAGUGGAGAGUACCAGUGCAUAGCUCAAAGGAGGAAUGGACUGCUUUACUCGGAGUACAGUGACUCUGUCAUGCUAAAAAUAGCCACUCGACCAAAGGCUGUUCUGACCCUGGAGACUGGAGGGACUGUGGUAUUUGUUACAGAAAGUGUGACACUGAGAUGUGAGGUUCAAGGGAGCUCUGCUUGGUGGAGCUAUGCAUGGUACAGAGAUGGGAAUGAACAUCCUGUACACAAGACUUACUCCAGCAAUAAACCAAAGGCUGUGCUGACCCUGGAGCCCCCAGGUGGAGAGAUAUUCACAGGAGACAGAGUUACCCUGAGAUGUGGGGUUGGGGGAGAUCCUGCUAGCUGGAAGUAUCUCUGGUACAAAGACACGCAAGGAACAGCACUGCCCCAGACAGACAGCAGCAGUGUAGAGGGGUCCAGCUACACAAUCAGCUCUGCUGCUCUGUACCACAGUGGAGAGUACUGGUGUCGAGCUGGGAGGGGGAAUGGACUGUUUUACUCGGAGUACAGUGACUCUGUCAGGUUUAAUGUUUCUGUUCUGAAGUGGCAGCUCAGUGUCGUUGACUGCCUCCCUCUCCCCUCUCCCCCGUUACCCCAGUUCUGA